UAAAAUUUUUAUUUUGUAAACAAGGGAUUCGGUAUUAUAAUAUCAUCAUUCUUCUCUCCUUCAAAUUUCAGUAUUAUUUCGAAAAGUUUCAACGUCGUAAACUCAAUAAAAAGAUUCAUUGUGAGAGGUGUGAUACAAUCUCUGUCAUUCACUUAAUUCUUUGAAAAUGGUGAGGAAAAAAGUGCAAGCUGUAAGAUGCAAUGUUAAUAUUCCUAAAAGCCGGAAACCAAGAACUCCAACUAUUAAAUCAACGCCUCUCAGCACUACUUGUGAUGAAAAUCUUUUAAUCGGUAAAAUUUUGGUGGGCACAACCCUGAAUUAUCCUCCAGAAAAUUGGAUGAAAUGUAGGGUGUCUUUUCUUUGUGUUACUGAUGAAGUUGAUAGGAUACAUCUCGAAUUUGAUGAGAUCUCUGUUAUUGUCACUCUUAUCAUGGAUACUGAAUUAUUGAAAGAAAUAUUCACUGCCAACGUGUUCAGCUUUCGAUUUCUCCUUGUACAACAAGAUUUAUUCAUGAAUAUUUAUUUUAGAGAACUGCCACUGCCCAAAUUCAAUACAAGGAUUGGAAAUUCUUUGAAGACAGUAUUAGAAAUUACACAUAGCAUUAGUUUAUCAUCUUCAGAAUGUCCCCUUGAAACAUUGGAGGAUGAUAAUAUACCGCAAAAGCUUUAUGGGGUUCAAGAAAUAGAUAACCUAUAUACACAACUAUCUACUAGGAGAUGUGAUCCUGCAACAUUUGAUUCUGAUAAUGUACAGCUUCCUUCAUUGAAACCGAUCCUAAGGCCGUAUCAGGUAAAUGCUGUCAAAUGGAUGAUCAAGAGAGAGAAGAAUGUUGAGGAGGAAGAAGAUUAUCUUCAUCCCCUUUACAUGGUAGUGAAACUUCCAUCGGGCAAGGAGCUGUUUUUUGAUAAAUUUUCAGGGCAUGUAACUCCAAUAAAACCAGUAGUUUCAUGCUCAAGUAGGGGUGGAAUUUUGGCAGAAGAGAUGGGUCUGGGGAAAACAGUUGAAUUUUUAGCUCUGAUUCUGAAUAAUCCUUUCAACAAUAAUCAAGAUGAAAAACAACAAGAUUCAAAGAUUCUAGUUGAAGGUGAUGAUUCUGAAGAAUUAUCAGACAAUGACAAUAUAGAUUUACCUGUUUUUAAAAAACAAAGUAAAAAAAAGGCCCCUAGGAAGCGAAUCAAACUAACACCAAAAGAUGAUAAAAAUGUUGAAUAUAGUGCAAGGGACAUCCAAGUGCCUCAAGAUUGGGUGAAGACGUCAGCAAAAAAACAAAAAAAUUGGGUUGCCUUGCAACUUUGGUAUAACAAGAGUCUUAGUGAAGUAAAUCAUAAACCUCACAAACCAGUGGAGACUAUUCAUUGCAUAUGUGGUGAAACUUUCAAUAAAAGUGGACAAAUAAAGUGUGUUGAUUGUGGAAAAAUUCAGCAUAAAGAGUGUUUAGGUUAUGAAAAACGUUUGGGAGAGUAUCGAUGUCCUUCUUGUUGGUUAGAGUAUCCGCUAAUAGAGUCGGGUGCCACUUUAAUUGUUACACCGGUUUCUUUGAGAACUCAGUGGUGUAAUGAAAUAAAAAAGCAUGUUGAUAAAAAACUUAAAGUUUUGGUCUACGAAGGUUCCAAUAAAACUCCAGUAUAUCCAACGUAUUUCAAAGAUUUUGAUGUUGUAAUAACAACUUAUAGUGUUUUACAAGCCGAAUUCAGAUUAACCGAGAAAGGAAAGGUAUGUGAGCUCAGGCGAAAAAGAAAGUAUGAUUUCCAAGGCAGCCCUUUAUCCAGAAUCAAGUGGUGGAGAUUAUGCUUGGAUGAAGCACAAACUGUUGAAACACCCGGUAGAAUCGUUUCUGAAAUGGCCAAAAAACUGACGGCUCACAUUCGUUGGGCUGUGAGCGGUACACCUAUUUCUAAAGAUAUCAGAGAUUUAUUUGGAAUGGUGGAUUACCUACAAAUUGAACCUUACAAUGAAGAAGAUACUUGGAAAAACUUAUUGUAUACUCCUUAUAUGAAUGGAAAUAUUGAACCUCUUUGUUCAUUCCUUUCAAAGAUUAUGUGGAGAUCUACAAAGGCAGAAGUAAUUGAUCAGAUUGGUAUACCGAAACAAGUUGUGAAAGAACAUUUCUUGGAAUUCUCUGCAGUGGAGAAGUUUUUCUAUAAUAAGGAACACGAAUUGUGUUCUAUAGCAUUUCUGGCAACUUUGAAAAACAUCAAUACCAAUAUACCUUUGGUCAAAUUGGAUAGAAGCUUAUUGAAAAAGAUCAUGGUUCCACUUUUAUCACUGAGACAAGUUUGUACACAUCCCAGCACAGAGCGGGGUAAAUAUUUAGCCACUAAAAAACAAGUUUCCACAAUGAAGGAUUUGCUGGAAGCUUUGAUCCUUAAGAAUACAAACGAAAGUGAGGAACUUUUGAGAGUAGUUGUUUCAUCUUUGAACGGGCUUGCGGGAAUUCAUCUACUUAUGCAAAAUCCCGCUCAAGCAGCUGACGAGUACCGUAAAGUGAUGCAUUUAUCGGCUAGAUUUUCAGAAGAAAAAUCCGAAAAUAACUUAACUGUCGAUAAGUUACAACUAAUACAUACAAUGCACAAUCUCGCUGAUUUACUUGAAAAAAAUGUGGGAAUUCCUCCCACUUUACAUGACGAUACUUUGAGACACGAUUGUGAAAUCUUAGAACAAAAGUACAUUCAGAAAUUUAUUCACAAUAGUUUCGUAGCUUACCAAGAAUCCAUCAAUUCCCAAUUAGCUAUAGAGAAAUUACAGAAUCAAUUCUCACUUAAGGAGGGUGAAUGGUUCUCAGAGGGUUUCGACUGGGUUUUAAUGGAAAAUUUCACUGAUGAAUUACGAAACAGGAUACAAAAUAAUCACGAUAUAGCUCAUAUUAAGUGUCCCAUUGACUUAGGUUGUGAAAGAAGAAUGCUUUAUUUUAUUGCACGUUGGAAUGAGGAAGUUAUUGACUACAGAGCAGAACUCAUUAAUACAAUCAAUGGCUUGUUCACGUGCAAGGAAAAUGAAGAAUAUAAAAUUAUCAUAGAUCAUAUUAUUGUUAGGAAAGCCACUGAUUGCCAUUUACGACCUGACGAGAUGGAUAUAGGAAGAAGGAGGAAAAAGUGCCCUCUCUGUUCUGCGGAGGAUUUUCUCAAAAAAUACGAAUUUAAGAUAUUUCAGAUGACCAAAAGGACUGUCACUUUUGAAGAUAUGUCUCUACAAGGCAGUUGGAAAUUGACAUCACAAGAAAUCAUCUUGAAAACCCUGCAUACUUUUCUUAGGGCUAAGAAUGCUCCGAGUGCCCUUGUGAAAGAUGGGGAGAUUCAUUUGAAUAUAUUAGAUAAUAUAAAGAAAGAAUUCAAGGAAUUGCGAAAACUUUGGACCCAUAUUUACCAACAAGUCGCUGCCCAGGAUGAACUGGAUAUGUGCAAAAUAAAAUUGAGGCUGGAAGACCCAAGCAAAGACAAGAAAAAUUCUAAAAAUUCUGCUCUCAAAAGACUUUCCUAUAUAGUGGAGAACAAGCUGGACACAAUGUACCAUUUAAACGAGUAUGAACUUGAUUAUCACAUGAUGUUACUGAAAUCGGACGAAUCAACUUCCUCGAAAAAAUUAGAAAAAAAUUUAGGUGUUAGGAGUUACUUGGAAACAUUGAGGAAACAGCAAUAUGAAGGUGUUAGCCCCGAUCCCUGUCCAAUAUGUACAAACGUUCUGGACCAGCACUGGAGCAUAUUACCUUGUGGCCACAGUUACUGCAUGGAGUGUUUACACAAUUUGAUUCAUAAGACAGGGGGACUGCAUAUAAAUUGUUGCGUUUGCCGUCAACCCAUAGUUAUUCAAGAUAUUUCGUACAUAAGAUCAGCAGCAAUGAAAAACGAUGAUGAGAAUUUCAAUAUACGUGGAAAUUUCUCAACUAAGAUCGAGGCUACCAUAAAACUGAUAUUUGAGCUGAGAGACGAAGAUGAAAACGUUAAGAUACUGGUAUUUUCUUCAUGGCUGGCGGUUUUGAAGGUCCUGAAGGAAGCUCUGGUUAAGAACGAGAUCAAAACCGAAAUUCUACUGGCCAACAAACUGGAGGAACGUAUUGAACACUUCAAGGACGAGAAGGAAAAGGUGACUGCUCUUCUACUGCCUAUAAAUUUAGGAGGAAAAGGUCUCAAUCUCACUGAAGCAACUCAUGUUAUCCUCAUGGAACCAUUGCUGAACCCAGGCGAAGAGCUGCAGGCGAUUGGAAGGGUUCACCGUAUAGGCCAGACGAAGCCAACGUUCGUUCACAAGUUCUGCAUCAGAAACACAAUCGAAGAAAGUAUAAUGACUGCAACAAGUAGAGAUGCAGAUAAAUGGGACAGAAAUAAAGUUACCCUUGAGCAAUUAAAGCUCUUAUUCGAAAAUAUAGAUAUAUAUGAAAACAAUGAUGAUGAUGAUGAUAAUGAAAAUGAACAUGCUGAAAAUAAUACUGCCGAAAUUGAAGCAGGAAAUGUUUCGUCUGAGUCCAAUUCAUAUCAGGAAUAAAUUUCAAACUUGCAUUGGAAUAUGUUCAGUAUUUUUAUGCAUAAUUGGUUUAUUUAAUUCUGCGAGUUAUAUUAUAAAUUUUGCUAAAAAUAUGUUAUUAAGUAUUCUUUACAUUCCGCGAAUGGCUAUAAAA